AUGCCUACCUUCCAAGCCAACGACGGCAUCACACUGCACUACACAACGCACGGGUCGCGCACCGCGCCACCCCUGAUUCUACUCCACGGCUUCACAGGCUCGUCGGCCGUCUUCAAGCACAACAUAGACGCGCUCGCGCAGCACCACCACGUCAUCGUGCCGGACCUGCGUGGCCACGGGUCGUCUCAGAAGCCGCAGGCGGGGUACCAUGUAUCGCGGCUUGCCGUUGAUGUGCGGAAUCUGCUUUCGCAUUUCCGCCUCACAGACAGCAGCAAUGUGAGGGCGAUUGGAACGAGUCUGGGCGCAGCCAUCCUGUGGAGCUACAGCGAGUUGUUUUCAACUAGCGUCUUCUCGCAUCUCGUGUUUGUCGACCAGGCGCCGCUGCAGAAUUACCUGGACGACUGGGGUCCUGAGGUGGGGAAUCGCGGGUGUAAUUCUACUGAAUCACUGCGCGAAAUGCAAAGGUCUUUGAUUAGCCAGCCUGAACACGCGCAUCGCGGCACCAUUGCCGCGUGUCUGGGAUACAGGUCGCAUCCGCGGCCUGGGGAUCCAACGGCCGAGUCGCAGGUUUGGCAGGAGGAUGAAGAGUUCUUUUUGAGAGAGGCGAUGAGGGGCGAGGGGUGGUGGUAUGGGAAGCUGAUGGCGGAUCAUACGGCGAAUGACUGGCGGUACAGCAUUGCGCAGAAUCUUGGGCCGGAGAGCGGGAGCGCUGCGAGGGUGUUGGUGGUGGCGAGUUGCAGGAGUGGGUGUUUUCCUGCUGCUGGGCCGCUCAAAGUGGCUGAGCUGGUGAAUGGAGGAAAAGAGGACGGACGUGCCACGGCUGUGACGGUGGAGUGGGGUGGUCACUGGUGUUACUGGGAGAAACCGGAGCUGUUUAAUAAGCUUGUGCUUGAGUUUUUGCAGUAA